AUGAACAAAAUUGAAUAUUAUGAGAUGAUAAGCAAAUGGGGAACUAAGAAUUUCAGCAUUACAGUUACUGCAGAAAAUAUGAACAAUGCUGUUAAUUCUUCGACCAUUUACUUUACACGCGAGAUAAAUUCAGAGACUUUAGCUCAAAGCAAUUUAUUAGAUUUUGCCUAUUGGCUAGUAAGAUUUUUAGUUCUUAUUGCAAUUCUUGAUAUUUUCGCAGCAAGCGUAAACUUUGCUAAAAGAAUUGGGUCAAAGCAUAAAAUAGUUCAAGCAUAUUUUGAUGAAAAAGCAUUGAAGACAUAA